AUGGGAGGCGCCAGCUAUUCUCCCCAGCAGCUCUACUACGAUGGCAAAGUCCAAGCAGCAACUUCUGGCAAGACUUUCGACUCCAUCGAUCCCUCUACUGCCCAGCCCUUAGCAAAAGUCCACGCUGCUUCGCCAGCAGACAUCAAUUCGGCCAUCUCCUCUGCACAGAAAGCUUUUCCUUCCUGGUCCCAGACUCCACCCAUCGUCCGGUCUCGAAUCCUCCUCAGAGCCGUCUCUCUCCUCCGCUGCCGAAACGACGAAAUAGCCAAAGUCGAAACCCACGACACAGGCAAGCCCUUCUCAGAGACAAGCACAGUAGACGUAGUAACGGGCGCCGACGUGCUCGAAUUCUUCGCCAACCUGGUAGCAAGCGGGGGAUUAAGCGGGGAAACUACACAACUACGACCAGAUGCAUGGAUAUACACCAAGAAGGAAGCACUGGGAGUAUGUGCCGGAAUAGGAGCAUGGAACUAUCCCAUCCAAAUCGCGCUAUGGAAAUCAGCACCUUGUUUAGCAGCGGGAAACUGUAUGGUGUAUAAACCUUCUGAAGUCACUCCUUUGCACGGGCAAAUACUGGCAGAGAUAUAUGCGGAAGCUGGUGUGCCUCCCGGAGUCUUCAAUAUCGUGCAUGGCGAUGGAGCUGUGGGCGCAGCUCUUACUUCACACCCUGGAAUCUCGAAAGUGAGCUUCACAGGCCAAGUUUCGACUGGGCAAAAAGUUGCUGCUGCUGCAGCUGAAGGCAUGAAAUACGUCACUGUAGAAUUGGGGGGAAAGAGCCCGCUCAUCAUACUUCCGGACACAGAGCUGGAAAAUGCUGUGGAUGGAGCGAUGAUGGCGAACUUCUUCUCGACUGGCCAGGUCUGCACAAACGGUACCCGCGUGUUCGUGCACAAAAGCAUGAAAGCAGCAUUUGAGAAGAGAUUACUGGAGAAAAUCGAAUAUAUUCGCUCACUCGAGCCAAUGGACCCAAACAGCAAUUUUGGACCGCUGGUCUCGGAGAUCCAUUACAAGAAAGUGCUCAAUUAUAUACAACAUGGUAUUGAUACCGACAAGGCCAAACUACUCUCUGGCGGCCCUCAAAAGCCUACAAAGCUUCCAAACGGCUACGGCGAUGGUUUUUGGGUCCAACCGACAGUCUUUACUGACUGUACAGACAGCAUGAAAAUCACAACCGAAGAGAUUUUCGGCCCUGUGUUAUGUAUCCUAACAUACGACACAACAGCUGAAGCCGUCGCCCGCGCAAACAACACAAAAAUGGGACUGGCAGCAGGUGUCUUUGGCAAGAACCUGAACGAAUGCCAUGAUGUGAUCAGUAAGCUGCAAGCAGGCAUUACGUGGGUCAAUACAUGGGGCGAGAGUCCAGCGGAGAUGAGUGUGGGAGGAUGGAAGAUGAGUGGUAUGGGCGUGGAGAAUGGACGGAAGGGAUUGGAUGCUUGGGUUAGGGAGAAGAGUACGUUGGUUGAGCAGGGUGGGGUUGUGGGGACUGUGUUUGCGAAGUUAUGA